UUAGUUGUUACAAACAAACAUGACCAAAAUGAAGUUCUGGGGCUUGACAAUAAUUUCCCUGUUGUUUUCCAUCCACGGAAGCCUAGCAGAGCAAUGUGGAAGUCACGUUGGAGGUGCUACGUGCCCUGGAGGGCUUUGCUGCAGCAAGUAUGGGUGGUGUGGCACUACACCUGAAUAUUGCACCAAUGGUUGCCAAAGCCAAUGCUAUGCUGGCGGUGGCAGUGGCAGUGGCGGUGGCGGUGGCGGUGGCGGUGGCCGUGGCCGCGGCGGUUUCGGUAAUAUCCCGAUCUCAAGGUCCACUUUUGAUGAGAUUCUUAAGCAUCGGAAUGACUGCCCCAGCAGGGGCUUUUAUACCUACGAUGCUUUCAUUGCUGCUGCCAGAGCCUUCCCUGGCUUUGGUACCACCGGUGAUGAAGCCACCAGGAAAAGAGAGAUCGCUGCUUUCUUAGGCCAAACUUCCCAUGAAACUAGUGGAGGAUGGGAUUCUGCACCUGAUGGCAGAUACGCUUGGGGAUACUGCUAUGUUAGCGAGGCAAAUGAUGGAAGUGAUUACUGUUCUACUGAGUCCAACUAUCCAUGUGCUUUCGGACGCAAAUAUUUUGGCCGUGGUCCUAUUCAAGUUUCAUGGAAUUACAACUAUGGUGAGUGUGGAAGAGCCAUUGGAGUAGAUUUAUUGAACAACCCAGACCUUGUUGCUACCGACGCUGUCAUUUCAUUCAAGACGGCAAUCUGGUUCUGGAUGACUCCACAAUGGCCAAAACCCUCCUCCCACGAUGUUAUAACAGAGAGAUGGACUCCCUCGGGAGCUGACUCUGAUGCGGGUCGAGUUCUGGGUUAUGGUUUGAUCACAAACAUCAUCAAUGGUGGGUUUGAAUGUGGAAAAGGUAGGAACGAUGAGAUGGAGGAUCGCAUUGGAUUCUAUAAGAGAUACUGCGAUCAACUUGGUGUUGGAUAUGGAGAUAACCUCGACUGUUACAACCAGAGGCCUUUUGGGUGAUCAAAUCUUAAUUUAGGGAGGAGUACCAUAAUAAUACUUCAAGAGUACUGUAAUAAUCAAAACCAUCUAAAAGGAAGAACCUAAACCACUUAAAUAAAUAUGGUUUCGUCGAAAGUAUUUUACUAUGCCGGUGCUACUUUUGCUUUUCCUUUUAAUUUAUAAGUUUGGUUUUGGUUGC